GCGUCUGUCAUGCCUCAUGCAGAAACCGGCUAUCUCUUUCAUGCGCUUGGUCUGCUAACGAAUGAUGCCCACAGCUUCGUGCAGAUGUUGGAAGACCUCAAUGAAAAAAACUACAAGACUCUGGCGAACCUCCUUAGACACCACCACUCUUCCUCACUCGGUGCGGCAGAUUACGACGCUAUGCUACAGACUUGGAUGCAGAUUGCUAUAGGAUCCGAGGAGCUCACAGAAAGUUUCCUCCGUCGAAUGUAUAAUUUAGCUGGAGCAAACAGAUCUGCCGAUUACACAAGCGCAUUGCUUUCCAAUUUGAGGAUCUAUUUAAAGUCGUAUGUAUCGGGUAUUUUGAAGAGGCAACAUACAGUGUUGCAAACAGCCUUCGGUUUCGUCAACCAAAAUUCAAUCACGAUCGACGAUUUUACUUUGCUUGAGAAACUGCUUGGUUUACACCAGGAAAUUCACACACAUUCAUUCAAAACAAUGAAUAUCUACGUCGAUUUGGUCAACCGCUUGGUAGACAUCAAACCAGAGUCAACGUAAACUACCCAAUUUCCCACCAGAUACAUGAAUGAACAUUCCAAAUUUUUAUAGUAAUUCGUAUAUUUGUGUAAGGAAAUUAUGAAUACAGGCAUUGAUUAAUAAAACUUGCA